AACCGUACCAAUUUUCAUCGAUAGCAAACAGUGCAUCUAAAGGAAAAAGCCUCCUGAUCGACAGCGGCUUGUUCCUUCGUGCAUGUAUCCAGUGGAGGUGAAGAUGAACAAAUCGAACGAAAAGAGCAUACACGAGAUGCUGAAAAACACUCCGUCCAUGAACGACAGCACCGAUACGGUGCACACGGGUUCCGAGCAGCAAACUAAGCAAACUAUAAAGCACUCGACCACCCUGACCCUGAGAAACGUAAGCAACCAUCACAGUCUUUCGUCUCCGACGUCCGUUAGCCUUGAGGAUGAAUCGGCGUACAUCAAGAACGGCUCUUCGAAGCUCGACACGUUCCGCAACUGGAGCAUCACCACAUACAAAUGCACCAAACAGAUCAUGCUGGAGAAACUGGGCAAAUCACGUACCGUCGAUCUAGAGCUAGAAGCCCAAAUCGAUCAGUUGAAGGAGACACAGAAGAAAUAUCUUAGUAUAAUGCGUCUGUCCCGUGCGUUCACGUCUCACUUUUACAACUGUAUGCAAACGCAGACCCUGCUGGCGGAAACGUUCUCCGAUUUGGCACAGAAAAGUCCUGAGCUGCAGGAGGAGUUUCUGCGCAAUGCGGAAACGCAACGCAUUCUCACGAAGAACGGCGAGCUGCUGCUGAACGCGCUGAACUUCUUCAUUUCGUCCAUCAAUACACUUUGCAAUAAGACGAUCGAGGACACCUUGCUGACGAUUCGACAAUAUGAGCUGGCCCGAGUCGAGUACGACGCUUACCGGGUGGACUUGGAGCAGCAGCGAGCUAGCGGGGGUAGUGAGCAGCAGCAGCAAAAGUACUCCAACGACGAAGUGCAGAAGAAAUACGAAAAGUGCAAGGAACAGUACGAGAAGCUGCGGUCAGACAUCGUGGUUAAAAUGCAGUUUCUCGAUGAGAACAGGAUUAAGGUUAUGCACAAACAGUUGCUGCUCUUCCACAACGCCGUCGCCGCAUAUUUCGCUGGGAAUGCGAACGGCCUCGAGAAGACGUUACAGCAAUUUAACAUCAGUCUCAAGAGUCCCAAUUCCGUAACAAGCUCCUGGCUGGAGCAGUAAAAGUCGCACGUGCAAAUUGCUGCGUUUGGUGCGCAUACGAACUUCAUUGUCAUUAAAAGUAUGCCGCUGAAUGUAUUUUUCGUUGGUCAAAAGUCGGAGUCAACUCGAGUGGGUCAUUGGCAAAGGACCGCACCGACGCGGGCGUUUACGGAGAUUAGCAUUGCCAACUGGAAAGAGUCAGUUUGAAUGGAAAACCUGAAGAUUUCCUAAUUUACGAGAUUCAAACGUUAGUUUAAAAUAAUCUAUGUCACUCCACUUCUAGGUUAACUUAAUUGAAUAAUUAUUUAUUUCGUUUUCAUCAACGCAUUACCCCUAAGGGAUGUGUAUAAAAUUUUAAACAAACUAACACACUUCACGAUUCCGUCGUCGUUACUGUUAAGAAACGUUUAGAAGUUGAAUUCCUCUAUCUUAUUGCUUUUGCUUGACAAAUUUGAGUAACGCUUGAUAUUUACAGUGAGAUUUUCUGUACCCUAGUCAUUUAUGUUCGAUUUAGCACUCUGACUUGUCGGCUUAUUUGUUUCCAUUAUGUUAUUUCCUUUUGUGGUCCAAUUAUUAUUUGGCGCCGACCUUGCACCAACAAGGCAAUAAGUUGAACGUCCGCGUGUUCUGCGAGCAACGGAGAUCUGCAUGUAUAACUGCAAAUCAGCUUACAAUGCCGGCAUGAGCAAGUUCGUCUAAUGCGAAUGAAUGAACUAAUUUGGUUCCAAGUUCAGUGUAAUAGUUGAGCAAACCAUAAAAUUGCAUCUUUCGGAAUCGCACAACACCGAAUAAAACACCAGUCGUAGGAAUCGCUACAUUCACACCAAACACGCGUUACACUCGCCGAAGAAUACAUAAAGCGUCACAAAUGGUGCAAGGUAAGAAAAAGCCAGAACUCAGUACCAGGGAUAGUUAUUAUGGGAAUCGCGAAGCUUCAACAAACGGUGAUUGUAUGGAUUAUUGAAUAGUGAUGAUGAAUAUUGCGCAUCAAGUCCAUGGCGAAAAUAAUUUUUAUUUUUCGUAUAUUCCAAUGUAUCGUUUGUGUGUAUCCAAUGUAACUAGCUUCUCGAAUGUAAUAAAUAAAAAUGGGACACUGG